AUGAGUUAGCCUCCCUAUUAAUCUCACAUAAAAUCCCAAUUAUCUGAAAUUUAACCAAAUCUCACACAGCUCACUGAAUCAUCUUUUGAGACUAAUAAUUUGAAGUCUGCAACCCCUAUAGGGUCUAAAUAGUAGAGAGUUUACCAGUAUUCUGAAUAUAGACUGCAAUAGGUUUUCUACUUGCAUUUACCAUUUGAAAAAUAUGAGAAUGAGAGAGUCAAGAUAUCUACAAAAGUAAAGCAAUUGGGUGGGCGAGUAGCUUUUGACUGGAAAGACACAAUGAUUAUUGUGGAUGAUGAUCUUUUACCCACUUACUAUAAUCACUAAAAGAAGAUACAAGAAUCUUAAAAUGGCUAAAUUCACAGCUACUAAGGAGCUUCACAAGACUUGCCUCAAAGCUAAACAAGAUCUUUAAUGCCUAAUAGUCUCUAAAGCCUUCUACGAGAUUGUAAUCUUAAUAGGAUGAACUCGAAUAGAAACGAGGCGAAUUUAAAUACUACAAGUCAGGCGGCUAAAAAUACUGGUCAAUAUCUCAAUAAAAGAUAAAGACUUCUGCUUAAUAGUCAACAGAAAUCUAUCCCCUUACCUUUCCAUUAGUCUACUGAAUAAAAAUCCCAAGGACAAGCUAGUUAAAUAACACCAGAACAAGAUUUCUUUGAGAUCACUAGAAAAAUCUUAGAGGACCCGUCGAAAACAGUAUUGAGAUAUAGAGAUUUCAAACUAUACAGGAAAUAUCUUAAGAGUAGUCAGUAUCCAUAGUGGUUUAUAAAGAAAGAUAUAACCAAAAGAUUAGAGAAAUUGAAUUAGAAUGGUAUGAUCCAUAGGGCUUUUGUGCUAAUAGGUCUUGACAAAGGAUCAAGAAAUAACCAUGAAUGUUCACAUGUUUUCUUAACAGAAUCUCAGUAUAAGGAGAAUUAAGAGCAAUUUUCUCAAAUUGAAAGAAGAUACCAUGAUCAUGUCUAAAAUCAUAAUAAAGGGCUUUCUUAGAGUUCAGAUGAUUGUAUUUAAGAAAAUAUUCCCGAACCAAUACCACCUCAAAAGUAUUGUGAAGCAUGUUCAGACAUGUUUCACUCAUAUUUUACACAUAUUUCAACAGUAUAGCAUAAAUACAAAAUGAAUUAGAUGAAUCAGGCAUACUAUAAUGAGAUUGAUGCUUAAUUUGAUUAACUUAAAAGAGAUAGGGCUACUACAUAAUAUGAGUUUCUAGCUCAAGAGCAAAAAGCUUAUGAGUUGUUCAUCCAAACUCACAAGAAAAAGCUUUCCCCAAUUAAGCAAGAGACUAAACUAAGCUUUAGUAAGUCUAAAAAUAAAGUAAAUGAUGAAAAUUCAUUGAGACUUGAUACUCCUUAAGAGUCCAGCCAGAUAGUUCAAGACUAUCCAAAGCAGAGCUUCUUAAAACUCUUGUCAGGGUAAAAGUCAAAUGCUUAUAAGGAAAGCUGUUUGAAUUCUUAGCAUGCAGGAAGGCAGAUUAACUUUGACAAUAGCAGCAAUAAGAUUCUUUAAGUUGUUAGCAGAAAUUAAAAUUCUAUUUCCAAAAAUAAUGAAAACUUGAAUGACUCUAAUAGAUCAGGUGGGAUUCUUAAAUCUUUUAUCUAUAAUGAUCACCCAAUUAGUGCUCUAACUAAAUUUAACCAAAGUAGAAUGCCUUUGAAAAGAAGAGAAUAGUUGCUUAGUGUUGGUACAAAGAGAUAAUUUAGUGAAAUGGAAUAAAAUUCAACUGAAAAGGAUUUGUACAUUCAGCCAUUUUUCUCUGCUACUUCAAACAUGAAAAUCAUUAAUGAAGAGAUGGAUGAGAUUUCUAUUUAGAAGGGUUAAUAUAGCCUUUCAAGUGCUAGAAAUGACAUUGAUGAGGAGGAUAAAUCAUCUGAAUAAACUAGUGAAGAUGAACAUGAUAGCAGUUCAGAUGAUGAAAGUGGAGUAAAAGACUCAGAUUUAGCUAAAAGUUAAAGCCAUAAUUACAAUUAAUCAUAGUCUGCUAAUUCUGAAAGCAGAAAUAGGUUGAAAUCUUCUUCUCAAUAUGAUAAUUCGUACAAUAACAAUUCAUAGUAAGUUGUGGAUUCUUUAUAGACAGCUAAUGGAAAUAAUUAAUUGGAUGUGACUAGCUUCCAAAGCUACUCUUACUCUUGUUAAAUGGGAAACAUAUAUAAUUACUUUUGA